UGAGGAUUGCGUUAGAGGUAAACCAGUUCUCGCCGGAGCCCGGGGAGGGAGCGUCGCUGUGGUCUGCGGCUGCUGUGAGGGACUCUGAGGAGAAGCUCGAGCAGGUAGACGCCGUGCUGCCGCCAUGGGCAAAGGAGACCCCAACAAGCCGAGGGGCAAAAUGUCCUCCUAUGCCUUCUUCGUGCAGACCUGCCGGGAAGAGCACAAGAAGAAGCACCCGGACUCCUCCGUGAAUUUCGCCGAAUUCUCCAAGAAAUGUUCGGAGAGAUGGAAGACCAUGUCUGCAAAGGAAAAGUCGAAGUUUGAAGAUAUGGCAAAAAGUGACAAAGCUCGCUAUGACAGGGAGAUGAAAAAUUAUGUUCCUCCCAAAGGUGAUAAGAAAGGAAAGAAAAAGGAUCCCAAUGCUCCUAAAAGGCCACCAUCUGCCUUCUUCCUGUUUUGCUCUGAACAUCGCCCAAAGAUCAAAAGUGAACACCCAGGCCUAUCCAUUGGGGAUACUGCAAAAAAAUUGGGUGAAAUGUGGUCUGAACAGUCAGCCAAAGAUAAACAACCUUAUGAACAGAAGGCAGCUAAGCUAAAGGAGAAAUAUGAAAAGGAUAUUGCUGCAUACCGUGCCAAGGGCAAAAGUGAAGCAGGAAAGAAGGGCCCUGGCAGGCCAACAGGCUCAAAGAAGAAGAAUGAACCAGAAGAUGAGGAAGAAGAGGAAGAGGAGGAAGAAGAUGAGGACGAUGAGGAGGAGGAGGAAGAUGAAGAAUAAAUGGCUGUCCUGUAAUGAUGCGUAUGGAGUGUGUGUGUAUGCUCAGGCAAUUGUUUUGCUAAGAAUGUGAAUUCAAGUGCAGCUCAAUAUUAGCUCAGUAUAAAAACUGUACAGAUUUUUUGUAUAGCUGAUAAGAUUCUUUGUAGAGAAAAUACUUUUACAAAAAAUACAGGUUGUAGCUUUUUGAGGGGCUACUACAUACAGUUAGAUUUUAAAGCUUCUGAUUGUUGAAUGUUCUAAAUAUUUAAUGGUUUCUUUAAUUUCUUGACUUGUGUAUUGGUAGCACAGCAAACUGAUAGGAAUUAGUAUCAAUAGUAAAUUUUGGGUUUUUUAGGAUGUUGCAUUUUGUUUUUUAAAAAAAAUUUUGUAAUAAAAUUAUGUAUAUUA